GCACGUAAUGCUGCAGAGCCGAUGGGUGAAAGACAGCAACAGGGGAAGACCGGUCCUCACCAAUGGUCUUUUUCAACAAACAACAAAACUACCAACUCAGAUUCAUCCUCGACGACAGAUCCCGGCCUUAAAAACUGCUAGCCGACCACGAAGCAGCUGAUAAAGAAAGCAAGAGGACAAGCAUGCCCACUCUCCCUGAAGCUGGUGAUAUGGGCAGUUUACCCCCCUCUCCAGUGGACGGCUCUCUGAGGAGGCUGUCCUGGGGCAAACUGGUGCAGAGAUUGACUGAUUUCAGUGCAGGAGUAAACAGCAGCAGCAUCGAGUCCAGCUCUAACAAUGGCAGUAGGAGUGAUCUCUCCGAGUCAGGGUCAGAUGUCUCAAGCGAUGUCUCCCCGUCGGAGUACCUCUUCUACGAUCCAAUGGAGGAGACCAUAUUAAAAGAGGUGGUGGAUCUCAUUGCCCGGAGCCUGAGGGAAGCGAAGGAGUCAGGUUGCGCUUUGAAAUGUACGAAACUUCUCAUCCCGGAGAAACUUCUGGAGCACAUAGGACGUGAACUCCUUCAUCUGGCAGCCAGUGAGCCCUGUGGCUUAAGAGGGGCCCUUAUUGACCUCUGCGUGGAGCAAGGGGCCCUUUGCGAGAGUUUGGAGCAGAUCUCUGUGGACCCUUACCUCGUCCCUACCUUUCAGCUCACGCUGGUGUUAAGGAUAGAGUCCAGCGGACUGUGGCCCAAAAUCCAAGAACUGUUUAGCUCCAAGUCCCCAUCCACUCCAGUCGUGAGAACGGCCGUUCGACUCAGCACUGGCUUUAGAGUAAUCAAGAAAAAACUGUACAGUUCAGAAGAAUCUGUCAUUGAAGAAUGCUGAGAGUUUUAAGAGACAUGCUUCAAGGGACUGGUCUUUCAGCAUUAUAUUGUAAACCAUCUAAAAUGCCCAUUUAAGCUUACUAAAGGACCUUAUUGUAAUAAAGUGUACGUUGCCUUCUUACCUGUAAGAAUGGAUUUGUAACAAUUAUGUACCCUCUUUGCUACUGUAAGGGAGCCACAAAUCACAGUAUUUGGAUCAAACAGUGCUGAAAACAUUCUGCUUCUCAUCAUCAUGCAGUUAAAACAAAUAUAAACCACUGUAUCUGAUAAAUAGGCAUUUUUCAAGUAUUAAUUUGAAUGUGUACCUCAGUUUCUAUUGAAACCAUACAAUGGCAGCUAGUUAUAUGGUAAUGUAAUCAUUUGAUUGUCAUCGAGACCAUUGCUAUCCUUCUCUUGUUCUUUCCGUUUCACACAGCAAGUAUUUGUACACGAAGGAGGACCAUUAGGGGCCUUAGCGACUGCUUGGAGUUAAGUGCAAAGGUUACAGUACUUGCUUUAAUGCAAGCAGAAAUCUAAUGUAACCCGAUUCUUUUUCCAGUGUAGACACGUCCAUGUCCAGCUCUCAGUUAUUUAUUUGAUAUUCAAAUAUUCACAGCAUUGCACCGUUUUUGUACUUUCCAUGUUUUCAAAAUAAAUUAUUUUUUACAAAUGA